UUACCGUCAGCAAGGAAGGAUGUCCCAGGGAGUAGAUGCAUGUUUGUUUGUUUUUUAUUUUUAUUUUUUAUUAAGCAAUCGGUACAACGCGUUUCAGGGCUGAGAUCCCCUUCUCUAGGUACUAAUUACUUCUGAGAGACCCCAGGCAUCCCUGACCAGAAGUACCUGCAUCCCUGACCAGAAGUACCUGCAUCCCUGACCAGAAGUACCUGCAUCCCUGACCAGAAGUACCUGCAUCCCUGACCAGAAGUACCUGCAUCCCUGACACUUAGCACAACCCCCCAAGACAUAUUGGGCUCACAGAACACCAAGACGUCUUCAGCAGGCCAGCAACAUGUUCAAAAAUGAUUAUCAGGGGGGACCAUUUGUUGAAAUUUUUAGCGCACAAGGAAAGGAUCCAGUGGCCAAGUGGAAACUCUUUGGCAGCCAGUCAGCAAUCUGGAAAGACUUUGAUAAAGAAGUGAAGAGCUUCGUCUUUGUCCUUGAAGGAAGCAGCCAGACUAUCAAGAUGCAGCUGCCAAGGGAGAACAAGCAAAUGCUUGGACUGAUCCAGAGGUUCCUCAUCCUUCAACUCUACAUCCCUCUAGGACAAGAUUUCUCCGCUGAGCUCCUAAUAACCGAUUUGGCAAAUAUUAAAAGAAGAUUAUAUUUAUCGACUGUCCACAAGGAAUUAUCCGCAACACCGUUACAUGCAAAAAUCCCGCUCUUCAUCAUCAGGCGGAAAGUUUGGUGCAAUCUCUGUAUUGAUCUCGUCUCCUUUACAAGUGGGAUCUUUAAAAGCGCGGUUUUCCAGUCCCUGGAUGGAAUCACUGUUUCAGCCAACUGUAAACUCAGGAAGAUUUAUACCAUGAAACUAAAGCCCCAGGACACGGUGGAACAAGACAUAUGUGAAUCAUCAUUAUCAGACUGCGAUCCCACCGAUACAAUUCCUCGAAGCUGCCAAAUUACCACCGAUGUUGAGCAGGUCACCCAGGUCCUAGACCUUACAAAAUUGCGUAACACUGACGUUCGAGACGAUGGUAGACCUGUGUUAUCCACCGAAACAGAUCUGCUCACAAACAGAGGACAAGGCAACUCUCGAGACAUUAGAAAGGGAGAUAAGUCUCACAUUGCAUUUGGAUCUAAAGUUUCCGGACCUCCUCCAGCCACCUCAAGAAAAACCAGUGCCAGAUCUUCAGGAGAGUCAACAAGGUCUACAAGUAGACAUGAAAAGUCUUUGCAACAGAUGACUCAGGAGAAAGGAACCACUACCGUGGGGCAUAUGACAGACGUAAGGAUGUUGUCCCCCACACUUUGCCAUCCUUUAGACCAGAGGAAUAAAGAGAACAUACAACAUGCAAAAAAAAAGGAGCCGCGAUCCCUAGGAGCAGAUUACCGUCCACACCCACCGAUGGAUCCUAUCACUAAUGAGAAAGGCAGGAGACUGAGGAGUGUUGGGAGUGCAAAGAAAGAGGAGCCAAAAACUGUGCUCGACAGCUCUUCAGUGGGACACUGCGGAAAUGAAGAUAAGCUCUCUGUUCAGAUCCAUAUGCCGUCCUGCGAGAGGGAAAACAGACCAAAGACAUCAAACAGCGCAGGCGCAGACGAUUCAGAUGACUGGAUUUUUUAUGACAGUUUUCACAGUGUUUCCAAACUGUCUGACAAUCGACAUCAAACAGACAUCAGGAAUUUAUGUGAGCAGUUGGCAGAUAACAACGAAAGUGACACUGCCUAUCCUGAAGAAAGGACCCCCGGGGCCCCCGACAACAUUUUCACUCACUCUUCAAUGUCUGGCUCAGUGCAUCAUGGGAAACUUCAGGGUCAAUCAUCUGACAGGGAUACAGUCUCUUUGGAAAUCUUGGAACAAGACAGACGAGGGGCACGGAUGGAAGAUGAUUUCUAUGGAAGUGACAACAGCAUUGAGGAGAGCUAUUUUAUUCAAUGGACUUCCAGCCCUAAAUCAGCCCAUGACGCAACCCAGUUGUCUGAGUCAUCCCGUUUGGCGGACCUGACUAGCAGAAGUUCCGGCUUUUCCUCAAGCAUACAGUCAAACAUCAAGGCUUCCAUUUCAAACGCUGAUACAGAAGCAAAGACAGGAGGCUUCAGCGCUCAGAGAAGUCUGAUGCCAACUCGCAGCCUGUCCCCAAGCGGAAGCAGGAAUGAAAUCUCUAAGGAAAAUUCAAUCAUUUCGAAAAUUCAACAAUUUGUAUCAGAUAAAAUGCUAAGGACUUCAAUGAGUAAGAAAUCCCUAAAGGAAAUCCCCAAGGAACCGAGGAAAAUGACAGAUGAAUCUUCAGCAUACAACUGGAGAAGUUACCAUGUAAACCGACUCAGUGCCUCUGAAAUGCAGAUGCUGGCCAGUCUGAAGAGGCAGCAGAAUGAGGAGAUGGAGGAUGAAGGAACAUCUCAUGGACUAAGCCAGUCUCAGAUUGACCACUGUAAUGUUAGUAUGAGUACCAGCAGUGAUGAUACAACCACCUGGACCUCCUGUCUGCCACCACCUGUCAAUCAGGGAUCCCACUAUCAAACUGAAAUGAAUCCUCUGGCUCAAUCCAACCCUCGGGAUUGGUUAAAUGCAUUCAGUCCUCCUAUCAUCCCAACAAGCCAGAAUCCGGACCCUUUACUCAAGCUUAAAGAAUGCAGACUGAGCUGUAAUGAAGGUGAUGAUGGGAUUGGUGCAGAUGAGGAAGAAGACAUUCUUACCUUGCUGUAUGACCCAUGUUUGAACUGUUAUUUUGACCCAGAGACUGGAAAGUACUAUGAAUUAGCUUAAGGAAAAUUUUCUCAAAUUGUCCCAGAAAUCUUUGUGAACUAUACCGGUCCUUCUUUUUUUUUUUUGCUGUAAAUAUGCCUGAUGCUCAGAGGUGGUGAGAACACAUUUCCAGUUCUUUCCACAGUUUUCUUUAAAAAAAAAUGUAUGUCUUUCAAGAGGCUAAAAUUGUAAAAUAAUAA